CGCCUAAGCUCUCGCUCGACGGCCGACUGGUGCGUCCCCUCGCCGCCUCGCUGCUUCGCCGGUUCGCCGGCUCGACCCUCUCGGUGGAUCUAGAUCUUGGGAACUAUGAGCUUUCCUAGAUAAUAAGCUGACGCGGGACAACAAUAUAACUACUGGGAAAAUUUACCAGGUAUAUAUAGACAACCAUGACUGAUCAUACUAGAGAAACCUCUAGUCCAACCCUUAAAGAAACUUGUACUGUACCUAAAACAAGAGGUCCCAAUUCAUGCAGAAACUUGAAAAAGAAAAAGGGAAAAGGUGAAAUAUCAAUUCAGUUUGAUGCGUUAAACAGGCCAAUUGGCGAGUAUAAAGAGAAAUUUGUCUGUUAUAUUGGGGCUUUGGUUCGCGAUAGAGUAAAUAUCAACAGCGGCACUUGGCCCGACGUAGAUGCAACGAUUAAAAAUUCAAUUUGGACAGAUGUUAAGGCACAAUUUGGCCUUCAAGAUGAUACGCAGAAAUCUUUUGUAUUGAAAAUUGCAGCAAAGAGAUGGAGAGACUUCAAGAGUAGAUUGAAGCGUGAAUAUAUUGUCAAUAAGCACCCAAAGUAUGAGUCUCCGGCACAAUUCUAUGAGUACGUGAGUGAAGAGAGUUGGUUGAAAUUUGUUGCAAAUUGCGAGAGUGAGGAAUUCAAGAAAAGGAGUGAAAAGGCAAAGGAAAGGCAGGCAUGCAAUGUGCAUCCACACUUCCUAGGUUCUGCUGGAUAUGCAGGCAAAAAAGCAGAGUGGAUGAUGUCAGACCCUCUAUCUUCACAAUCUUCUUGUGCUUCUGUUAGCUCAACAUUACUAUCAGAUGAUCGCAGUUUUGACUGGGUACGAGCAAAAGUUAAGAAGUCAAAAGAAGGAAAUUAUUACAUUCCGAAUGAGAAAACACAGGAGGUGUUUCAUAAAAUUAUAGAAAAAUGUGAUGAAGUUGGUCAAGGGACAUUUCAACCACACAGACAUCAUGACAUAUUGUUUGCAGCUCUCGGUAAACCAGAGGAUAAACGGGGUUCGGGUUCGGUAAGAGGAAUUGGUUCAUACUCCACCAUCCGACAAGUAUUUGGUAAACCAGAGCAGAAACAGGGCAUACGGAGUGGGUUUAUGUCUAAUGAUGAAGUGCAAGUGCUGAUGGAAACGGUCAAGCAAAAUGCAUUGUUGGAGAUGCAACCCAAGAUUGACAUACUCACCCAGCAAUUGAAUAUAUUGUUGAAUAACAUGUCAGCCACACACCAAGGUCCACCAGGAGUUUCGAUUAGCACUCCUCAAAGUGUUUAUGCGCCUUGUUUUCAACCUCCGACUAAAAGCAGUUGUCAUUCUGUUGACGUAUAUCCAGUAACCACAAUUAAGAGCCGAAAAAAGUGUAUUCUUGCAAUAUGUGGUUUUGAUGGUAAGCCAAUCGAUGUUGCAAAGGGUACGGUUUACCCAACUACAGAUGAGAUGACAAUGGUGAGCGAUGCGCUACUUUUACCUAACCAUGUCAAAGUGAUGGUCGAUGAAGUGCUUGAUGGUGCAGAGCAAUAUAAUUUCCCCGUGCCAACAUUGCAGCAUUACACUUUGGCACAUAUUGUUGGGAGUCACGCACAAUGGCCUACUCACUUAGUUACUUUGGAUGAGGAAAAUGUCAGAACAAGCUCAGAAAGACAAAAUAUGCAAAUGACAGGUCAAAGUGCUGACCAAUCUGCUACUUAUAUACGACCUCCAAUUGUUGGUGAAAAUGUGUUUUUGCUUUUGGGGACAUAUUGCAAGGAACUUGUCAGAGCGUUGUCAUCAUUUUCUGUUAAGAAAGAGUACAUUGAUGUGGAAUUGGAUUCUGCUGUUUUCCAUCAUGCAAACGCGAAUGCUGUUUAUGUGAUGAUAGAUGAUAUAUAUAAUUUGAUGACAUUGGCUUGCCUCGAUGUCUCAAUUAUACAAGUGUUUAUGCUGUUUUUGAAUAAGCGGGGUAAGCAGCUUGGAGUGACAUCUAUCGGGUUUGCAUGUCCAACACAAAUUUCAGCAGAUAUGGUUCACUUAAAUUCCUCUUCCGUUACAUCACAUUUCAUUAAGGUCAUGGAGGAACACAAGGAUCAGCAUUUCAUUUUGGCACCAUAUCAUCAAAAGGCAUUUCGAUCUCUUUCUACAAUUGGAGGAAGAACUAAAGCGAUUGAUUGGAAGCAAUGCAAAUGUCCACAACAGUCAGGAGGCACUGAAUGUGGAUAUUAUGUACUAAGAUACAUGUUAGAGAUCGUUACUAAGUAUUCAAAGGUUGAUUGUCUACAUGGGAUAUUUGACAAUGAAGCACCCUACUCCUUGAACGACAUAGAUGAAGUUCGAGAGUUGUGGGCAGAAUAUUUUCUAGAAGAGUGCGUGUAA